AUGACAACCAUCGCCUUUUUCGGAGCAACCGGCGGCUGCGCUAACGUCUGCCUGACCUACACCCUUCUCAACGGCUACAACGCCAGAGCCCUAGCCCGCACACCAUCAAAACUCACCACGCUGCUCCUCUCACAGCCUGGCAUCACACAGGAGAUUCUCUCUCAGCAACUUGAGAUAAUCGAAGGCGAUGCAACAGAUGUGGAAAGCAUUAUGAAAACCCUCAUCAUCGACUCCAACCCCAAGAACGCACCCAAUGGAGCUUGUACUCUCGUACCAAGCAUAAUUUCCGGCCUAGGUGGCUCGCCGACAAUGGCCAUCACUAAGGAAUCAAAAUGCGCAAAGACUCAGAUGCGCAUGCCCGCGCUGCCGCACAUUCAGCUCUCGAACCCGCAUAUCACAGAACAGACGACAAGUGCAUUGCUGGCGGCGCUGGCGAAGAUUGCUUCUGACCGGUUUGCCUCGUUCGAGGAAUAUCGCGCUGUUGCACCCAGGGUCACUGUGAUCUCGACGACGGGACAUUUGCCUGGUAAUAAAGAUGUGCCGUUUUGGUUCAGGCCUAUGUACUCUGUGCUCUUGCCGAUCCCCCAUGCGGACAAGCUGCAGAUGGAGAAAUUGCUUGAUAAGGAGGUUGAGCUGGGGGAUGCUGGGGUGCUUGCUGCUGGAGUUGUUGUUGUGAGACCUAGCUUUUUGACGGGGGAUCAUCUGGUUCCUGUUUGUGAGGCGGGGGAAGGGGGUGAAGGGGCGGGACUGGAUAAAGUGAGGGUUGGGACAGCGAAGGCUCCUGCUAUUGGGUAUACGAUUUCACGGGCUUUGGUUGGUGAGUGGAUGUUCAAGGAGAUUGUUAAGGGUGGUGGAGAGAAAUGGGUUGGAGAGAAGGUUACGAUCACUACCUGA